AUUAUUUAACCAAUGAACUGCUGCGUUUUGAGGCGCUGCGCGGGUUCCGCCUUCUUCGCUUUGGCGCGCGCGGGAGGGAGGGAGAGAGAGAGAGAGAGAGAGAAAGCCACAAAACUCUGACAGGACAGGGAAUUGGAGAGAGAGACUCGCAGCGGGAAUUUCAGAGCGGCAGGAAGCAAGGAAGGAGCGGCCUGCCUUAGGAGAAGCAGGGAGUUUAGUAAAUAUGCCUAAUGUAAAGAAAGCUGCUGGAAAAAGAGGUCCUGCAAAGCGGAAACUUGCGGAAGAAUUUCCUCCAGGAGAAGUUUUUACUGACCUAUUAAAGAAAGAUUGGAAACUUGGCCCAGUUAUAGGCAAAGGGGGUUUUGGCUGCCUAUAUCUUGCUGAUGUUUAUUCUUCAAAAUCAGUCACCAGUGAUGCACCCUAUGUUAUUAAAGUGGAACCCAGUGACAAUGGGCCACUCUUUACUGAAUUAAGUUUCUACAUGCGAGCUGCUAAACCCGACUUAAUUAAGAAAUGGAUUUCUUCUCACAAACUGAAAUACUUAGGCGUACCAAAGUACUGGGGCUCUGGCUUGCAUCAAAAGAAUGGCAAAAGCUAUAGAUUUAUGGUAAUGGACAGAUUUGGGAAAGAUCUUCAGAAGAUUUUUGAAGAGAGAGGAAAGCAGUUUACACGCAAAACAGUAUUACAGUUGGGCUUGAGAAUACUUGAUGUUUUGGAAUACAUUCAUGAACAUGAGUAUGUGCAUGGAGACAUCAAGGCCUCAAAUCUUCUCUUGGGCUACAAGGCUCCACAUCAGGUGUACUUGGUGGAUUAUGGCCUUGCAUAUCGAUACUGUCCAGAAGGUAAUCACAAAGAUUACAAAGAAAAUCCCAAGCGGUGUCAUGAUGGAACUCUUGAAUUUACUAGUAUUGAUGCUCACAAGGGGGUGGCUCCAUCAAGGCGUGGUGACCUGGAAAUUCUAGGUUAUUGUAUGAUCUGUUGGCUUAGUGGCAACCUGCCUUGGGAAGACAACUUGAAAGACCCCAAUUAUGUCAAAGACUCAAAAAUUAGAUAUACAGAUAAUAUUGCAGACUUGAUGAACAAGUGUUUCUCUGAAGAAGAUAAACCAGGUGAAUUAGCCAAGUACAUGGACAUGGUGAUGGCUUUGACCUAUACUGAAAAACCACUAUACCAGCAACUACGAGAAAUACUUCUUCGGGGUCUCAAGGACAUUGGUCAGAAGGAUGAUGGUAUACUGGACUUUGACGUUUCAGAGAAUGGAGACGUUCCAGCAAAGCCUGCUCUUAAGACAAAAAGAAACAUAGUUGCUGCAUCAGGGGCAGCCUCUACUGAUGAAGAUGAUGCUGAAACAGCGGAAGAUGAUGUGAAAAAUGUCAAAAAAAGAAAACAUACUACAUCAAGAAGUGCUCGCUCCCCAGGACCAAUUCAUCACAGCAGGUUGCAACCAGAGGGUAGCAGCAGCCGCCGUUUACAACAAAAUGAGAGCCACGAAAUCCAAGUUACCGAAGAUCUCUCCCAAAGCCAAGACAACCUUGAAACCCAGGAAGAGAGCUCAGAAGUAGAAGAGCCAAAAUGAUGUGUGCUUGUUGCUUUUACUAGUUUUUUUCCAGUCAUAAUAGGCUUUUCCCUUUUUGUAUGGCUGUAGACUAUUAUGAUGCAGUGCUGCUUUGUGUCGUUGAAAUUGGAGAAAUAGAUAUUUUAAGUCUUUAUGUACAGUUUAAUAUUAAUACAGAGGUUUUCAAACCUCUUAAAUGGCUGCUUUUGCAUAUGCUCUUGUAGCUGCUGAUUUUUUGAUCAAACUUGAAUAAAAAUAAAACCUUAAUUUCUGGU